CAACCAUUGACUUCAGUUUGAAAUUAUUACUCAGAGCAGUGAGUUAUAUUUAGAAGCAGCUUAGCACUGAUUUCCAUACGAUUAUUUUGUUGUUGUUGAAAAUAAUAAGAAUCUGAAUUUCCAAGAAAAAACCUAGAAUGGAUUACAAUAACCCACCCUCUUACGAUCAAGCGACUGGAAACAGUACCACUCAGCAGCCACCACCUCAACGAUCAUAUCCAAAACCACCAAUAGGAUUCGUUCCUGCUGAUAAUUUCUCCAACAUUCCGCCAGUUCAACAACAUCCAAUUUACCCCACAAACUACCCCCAACAACAAGGACAACCACAACCAAUUCCAACUACAAGAGUUAUUUAUGUCCAAAAUCAAGGGCUUCCGCUUGGACCAAGGGAGGUUUACUUGACGUGUCCACAUUGUCAUGUUCAAAAAUUAACACGAAUCGAUCCUGAACCGAGUUCCAAAACACAUCUUAUGGCUGCACUUUUGUGUAUUUUAGGAUUCUGGUGCUGUGCUUGCCUGCCAUAUUGCAUAGAAAGUUGUAUGAACGUCAACCAUUAUUGUGGAAAUUGUAAUAAUUUCCUUGGCACAUAUACGAGUGACGGUGUUGUUCGGUGAAAACCGGAUUCAAGAACUUCAAUGGAAAUAAACAGACCCACGUACGUGAGCGGGUUUUUUUUUGUUGUUGAAAAGUUACACGUUAAAUAUUAUCUUUAAAAACCCAAUUACUCGGUAAAUUGUGUAAUUUGUGUUUUUCUAUUAAUGCAUUUUAAUUUUAAUUAACUAAA